CAUUUUCUCACCGUAUUAUUAUUAUUAUUGUCUCACGUAAUGGCGUCUUCAACUCAAGAGCAUCAACACCAACUCCUACCGAACCUCUAUGGAGGCGCCACCUCAGCUCCGCCGCCAACACCAGCGGCGCACCACGACAAUCUCCUGUCCUCCUCUGACGCCGCCGACGCGAUCUCGCGCCUCCUCCACCGCCUCCCGCCCACGCUCUCCUUCCCCACGCGCCGCUCCUCCUCUUCCUCCUCCGCCGCCUCAUGUCCCCCCUCCCUCUCCUCCCUAAAAGAAAUCUUCUCCGGCGUCUCGCAACUCGGUUACGCGCAACUCACUGAUCACUCAGUCCCCCCCGAACUCGCCAACGCGGCCGAGUCGGAAGCGCUCGCGCUGUUCGACCUUCCUCGGGACCAGAAGGAGUCUCUCAUCCCCGAAAGCUGGCCUCUCGGCUACGGCCGCGGCGAUGAAGACGACGACGACGGGCUCGUUGAGUCAUUCCGCUUCGACUCAGCGUGCUUGACUGAGUCGACCGAGCUCGCUCUAGCCUCUCUGCGCGAGUUCGCACGCGCACUGGAGAGCCUGGGGCUGAAGAUCGUUGAUGAGUUAACUCAUGCCUUGGGGUGCGAGAAUCCGACGGGGGAUGACCCGACCCGCUUACGUUCUCUUCUAUGGAUUUCGGAGUCUGUGGCAGGAAACAAAUCGGGUGGGUUUUACCCGUUUAUAAUCGGGCUACAGUACCAGAUUAGGAAUCAGAAGUACUCGAUGCUGUCGGAUUCGGGAUGGGUUUCUGUGCUGCCGCACGUGGAGUCGAUUUUGGUCACUGUUGGUGAUAUUGCGCAGGUGUGGAGCAAUGGGAAGUUGAAGAAAGUUAGAGGGAGACCAGCGGCGACAGUUGAAGAAGAAAAAGGUUCACGCUGCAUAACAAUGUCACUGCUGAUAACUCUUCCCACAGAAAGCAGAGUGGCGCCACUUCUUCCGAAGGAAAGCAUUGACAGUGAGAAAAAGGAAGAGGUUGAAGAAGAAAAUGAGUGUGGUGAUGAAGGCGAAGAGAGGGUGUUCAACUCUUUCGAUUUUGAGGACUACGCUUGGAGGGUGUACCACCAACUCGUUCUUUUUAAAGAUCCAUUGGAUAGGUAUCGUGUUGCUUAGAAGAUGAAGAUGAAGUUGUUGUUGUUGUUAUUUGGUGUUGUUUUUGUGAGAUUCAUUAAUUUGUGAUGUGAGUGAUGUUGGUCCAGUUUUAGAUGGGUGAAAGGGAAACAUGUGAGGACUACAAUAAUGAGAUGUAUAUGCUUCAUUUAUUUAUUGGAUUGAUUUUGAAGUUAGAGAA